UACUGCAUAACUUUCAUUUUACACCAUAAUCAUUGGGUAAAUACCAGUAGAGAAGUUUUGACCUUGAAUGUCCUUACAUUAGUAAACAGAAUUGACUAAUUUUUUUUUCCGACGAUAACUAUGAAGUGUUUUUUAAAAUAUUCGAAGUUUUGUGAUUUUCCCAUAGAAAAUCUACCGUACGGAGUUUUUACGUCUCCAGGAAAGCCUAUUCCUAGGAUAGGAGUUGCCAUAGCCGAUUAUAUACUAGAUUUAAACGAAGUCUCCCAUCUAUUCAAUGGACCAGAACUGAAAAAUUAUCAACAUGUGUUUAAAGAACAAACUCUGAACCGUUUAAUGGGGUUAACACCGAAGGCUUGGAAAGAAGCCAGAGAAACUAUACAAAGCAUUUUAUCUGCAGCUAAUCCAAUUUUGAAAAAUGACGAAACUUUAUGUAGUAAAGCUUUCACGUCUCAAUCUGAAGCGACGAUGCAUUUGCCUGCACAUAUCGGCGAUUAUACUGAUUUCUACUCAUCCAUACACCAUGCUACGAACGUUGGAAUUAUGUUUAGGAGCAAAGAAAAUGCUUUGAUGCCGAAUUGGAAACAUCUUCCAGUGGCUUACCAUGGCAGAGCAAGUUCCAUUGUAAUUUCUGGUACCCCUAUUCGAAGACCAAAUGGACAAACAUUAGUAGCUGAUGGAACUGAUCCUGUAUUUGGUCCAAGUAAACUAAUGGAUUUCGAAUUGGAAAUGGCGUUUUUCGUUGGAGGUGCCAAUAAACUUGGAGAACCCAUCAAAAUCGAGAAGGCUGAAGAUCAUAUCUUCGGUUUCGUUCUAAUGAAUGACUGGAGCGCAAGAGAUAUACAGAAGUGGGAAUACGUUCCUUUAGGCCCUUUCUUGGCUAAAAAUUUAGGUACCACGAUAUCUCCUUGGGUUGUUACGACGUUUGCUUUGGAACCUUUCAAAACCGAUAAUUUCCCACAAGAUCCACAACCUUUACCAUACCUGAGGCACUCUGAUAAGUGUAAUUACGACAUAAAUCUACAAGUUGACAUAACACCUAAAGAUGGUAAUGUUUCUACCACGAUUUGUCGUUCGAAUUUUAAAUAUUUAUAUUGGACUCCCAAACAACAGCUUGCUCAUCAUACCAUAACUGGUUGUAAAAUGAAUCCUGGGGAUUUGUUGGGAAGUGGCACUAUAAGUGGAGAAACUUCAGAUUCUUUCGGGUCUAUGCUGGAAUUGGCAUGGAAGGGAACGAAACCACUCACUCUGUUAGAUGGUUCUCAAAGAAAAUUCCUCCAGGACGGGGAUACAAUUACCAUGAAAGCCGUUUGUGAAGGAGAUGAAUAUAAUAUUGGAUUUGGUACUUGUGUAGGAACUUUAUUGCCAUCUAUAAAAUUGUAAAAGAAACUUACGAAUAAACUGAUUUUAUACCAAUUUUUGUUUGAUUAAAAAUUUCACG